UCCGAUCCGAUCCAACUCAUCUCAUCUCAUCUCAUCUCAUCAGUAGUCACUAGUCACUAGUCAGCAGCAGCACACCACCACGGCACCACCCAACCCUAUAGCGAUAAUGGAGGAGGACUCGGACUCCCCCCGCCUCAGCCAGCUCAAGGCCUUCGACGACACCAAGGCCGGCGUCAAGGGCCUCGUCGACGCGGGCGUCGCCACCGUCCCCCCCAUCUUCCGCCACCCGCCCGACCCCCACGCCGCCUCCGCCUCCGCCACCACCACAAUCCCGGUCGUCGACCUCGGCCGCCCUGACCUGGGCCUGCUCAGGGCGGCCGCCGAGACCGUAGGCUUCUUCCAGAUCGUCAACCACGGCGUGCCCGCCGAGCUCCUCGCCGAGACGCUGGCGGCGGUGAGGCGCUUCAACGAGGAGCCCGCGGAGGCGAGGAGGCCCUACUAUACCAGGGACCCGGCCAGGCGAGUCAGGUACCACAGCAACUUCGACCUCUUCCAAUCGCCGGCGGCCAACUGGCGCGACACGCUCUUCCUGGAGAUGCCCGCGCCGCCGGAGGAGAUGCCGCCGCAGUGCAGGGCCGCCGUGCCGGAGUACGUCAGGCAGCUGCGGAGGCUGGGCGCCCGCCUGCUGGAGCUGCUGUCGGAGGCCCUGGGCCUCCACGCGGGUUACCUGGAGCGCGACGACGGCUGCCUGGACGGCAUGGUGCUCGCCUGCCACUACUACCCGCCGUGCCCGGAGCCCCACCUGACCAUGGGCACCACCAGGCACUCGGACCCCAGCUUCCUGACGGUGCUCCUGCAGGACGGCGUGGGCGGCCUGCAGGUGCUCCACGGCAGCCGCUGGGUGGACGUGCCGCCGCUGCCCGGCGCGCUCGUCGUCAACGUCGGCGACCUGCUCCAGCUCAUUUCCAACGACAGGUUCAAGAGCGUGGAGCACCGGGUGGUGGCCCUGACCCCGGGCGCCGCCGCCGCCGUCGCGCGGGUCUCGGUGGCCUGCUUCUUCAGGACGACUGGCGCCGCGGCGGCCACCAGGGCGUACGGGCCGAUCGCCGCCGUCGCCACUGAUGAGGAGGCGCGGUACCGGAGCGUCACGGUGGCGGAGUUCCUGGCCCACUACAAGGACAAGGGCCUCGACGGCCGAUCGGCGCUGGGCCGCUUCAGCCUGCUGCUCUCACCGUCUUCAGGCCCAUCGUCUAAUUGCAAGCAAACAAAUUAAAACAAGGCACCUGAUCGACACACAGUUAAUUAAGAAGCUACAUUUAUAUACUUUUUUUCUUUUGGAAAUCGCUACAUACACUAGAAAGACCAAUAUUUAAGCCGUGUGUAACCUUGAGGGAAAAUAAAGAGCGAAUUUACGGAGGGCAGUUCCUGAAACCAAACUUUCAUUUGUAUAGAGCAGAGCACGGUACAAUAGGUAUAGCUGACACAACCAAGUCAUAGAGAAACCAAAUAUGAAGGCUCAAGUUUGCGAUUCUUAAGUGAGUUUCAUGCAUAUUCAGUA